AUUAGAUAUAACCAGUAUAUAAACUCUGUCAUUACAUUGAGAGGCAUAAGUUACCAAGUUCGAGAUUGAGACGAUGGCUGGUAAACUCAUUGUGUUCUGCUGUGUUUUGGUGGCGGUGUUCGCGGAGAAGUACACCGAUAAAUAUGACAACAUCAACGUGCAAGAGAUUUUGGAAAAUAAGCGUUUGCUGAAUGCUUAUGUUGACUGUCUCUUGGAUAAAGGAAAGUGUAGCCCUGAAGGAAAGGAAUUGAAAGACCACAUACAAGACGCGCUCGAAACAGGGUGUUCCAAAUGCACUGAGGCUCAAGAGAAGGGCACAUACACCAUCAUAGAGCACCUUAUCAACAAGGAGAAGGAGAUUUGGGAAAAGCUCUGUGCCAAAUACGACGCUGAAGGGAAAUACAGGAAGAAGUAUGAGGAGCGCGCGAAGUCUGCCGGCUUAGCCGUUUAAAAGAUUACUUGACCCGAUUUUCUUUUAUUUUUCUAAAUAAAUGGUUGGAUAUGCA